AUGAAGCACGGUGCAGUUACCUAUGCGGCUAUGCUCGAAACGGCGCGGUGGGUAAAGUGGUUGAAUCGAGGUGGGACUAUCGCGAACUGCAGCGAAGAGCAAGGAUCCCACCUAGAUUCUAACUACGCUCCACCGCGCCGUUUACGCAGAUGCACUGUGCUUCGUGUCCUUUUGACCCCACUACCAUACUAUAGUCGGGUCAAAACGACAUGGACCACGACUGUAGUUGCGGUGCAUUUGCGUACGCGCUCGAAACGGCACGGUGGAGGCAGCAGUUGGGACCAAGUGGGACCCUCAGAAACUACAGCUAUGGAUGGUGCCAGCAAAGAUCGCUAUGCAACAGUUCCUUAUGUGCGGAUACGGAUGCGUCGUCUUCUUCUAGUUUCCACCUCGCAUAAGCAUGGAUACAAACUUGGUCUUUUCCUUUGCUCUAAUUUCCUCAUCCUUAGGAUUCAUUCGUUGUUUAGAGGAAAAGCGCAUCCGACUCCCAAGUUGGAGACUCCGUCGGUGUCGUCGCGUAGACCGAUUCGCGAUUGGUCGCUAAAGCGCUCCGCGCUCGCUCGUAGACGUCUCGAGGAGCGAGGGGUUGCAGUGUUCAAGCACCGUCGUCGUACCUACCUAACUUGUUUCGGUGCAGUCCAUGUCAAGGUCGUUGCAUGUUUUACCGGUUUCAAUGUACUCGUGGGCGUUUGCUGCGCACUUUUCUACUGCGUGAUCACUUCUCAGGAGCAACGACGUCCUAAUCUCAAACUGUGGUUGAUUCCCCUGGCUCCUGUGGUCAUUUGUCUGCUUUUCUUAUUUGUGGGGAUUAUACAGCGAAAGCCAAAGCUGCUGUAUCCUUUUAUAGUUCUUCAGAUUUUCUCUGGUUUUGGAACUGCGGUAUCAAUGGCAAUGAUUAUAAUAUCAGUACCAUGUAAUACGAAACAUAUUCUACGGUUGAUUGUGGAUGUGAAUUUGGAGGAAGCAGAAUACAAACGGUCAGCAAUGACAAUAUUCUCUGUCCUUAGUCUUACUCUAUUUGUGCAGAUAUGGUACCUUCGUACGGUUUGCAAUUGUUUUCGAUAUUUUACGGAUCUCCAGAAAUUCGAGGAACGAACGGCGAAUGUCUGA